AUGCUUUUGAAGAAGCGUAAACGACUAACAAGUUUAAUUUUCAUUCUUGUGAUCUGCUUGAUAUGGAUUUACUCAAGAAAGGAUGCGGCAAAUGAACAGUCUGUUAGAAAAGUACCAUAUAUUGAAAAGAAGGUAACUAUACAACCACGUAGCCAAGAAUUACCGAACGUUGAAAAGAAAAACAUGAAUGCUAUCAAGAUGUUGAAGUUAUCAAUGAAAGAUCUCUUUCAGAACAGACAUACGGUUGUACAAAAUGUCUCGUUUUCUCGACAGCAUACUUUAGUAGCAGACAUAUCAAAAUUAGAUAUCCCAUUACACGCAACUAAACAACAACCAUAUAGCUAUAAAAUCGAUAAUUUGGUUUUUGGUAUCACUACAACUGUAGAAAGAUUAGUGCACAUUAUCCGUAGCUUACGAUUCUGGGCUCGUGACAUAGGUAUUCAAUGUUUGGUCACGUUCCAUCACACAGAAAGAAACAACCUUGAGACUGUACGCAAACUGUUUGAAAUGGAACAGAUCCCUUGUUUGACAGAUAUAACUUUCACGCAUAGAUACGUGGAGCGAUUUUUCGACUUAGUAAACCGAACAUGGAGUUUAUUAGCUAAUAAAAAGAACGGCUCGUCAAACAAAGAAUUUAAAUGGUUGUUGAUAGGGGAUGAUGAUACUUUAUGGUUUAUUCCAAACCUCCUUCGAACGUUAAACAAUUACAACUACGAAAAGCCAAUCUACCUCGGCGACCAUAGUGAUCAUCUUGAAUCAAUGCAACGAUUUGGCAGGUACUAUGCUUAUGGUGGCGGAGGCAUUGCUUUAAGUCGGCCUCUUGCGCAGAAUCUCGCUCACAAUAUAUCUUUCUGUGAUAAGUACAAGGAAUUAUUUGGCGGUGAUAUGAUGCUUGGAAAGUGUGUAACUGAAGUGAUGAAAGUACAACUGUCCCGAGAUGUAACGUUUCAUCAGAUGGACAUCCGUGGAGAUGCAACGGGAUAUUUCGAAAGUGGAAUUCAAGGCUUGGUUAGUAUUCAUCAUAUGUUUUCUUGGUGGUCGCCAGUGCCUAGGUGGGUGAGUGAGGAUAAAGAAGAUAUCGUGAAUCGCUUUUAUCAGGCUUAUCGAAGCACCAGCUUUUCUUAUUUAAAGCGGUAUGUCUGGAUUGAUUGGGAGUACAAUGAAACGCUUGUCCUCACUUUGGGAUACUCUGUCACUAUAUAUAAUCAAUCCCUUACAUCUGAACAAAUCACUGCUGUGGAAGCGACAUUCUGUUGUGUGCCACUAGUUCGUCGAUCAAGAACGCCAAUCACUCACAGACAAACAUGGUAUUUUUCGAAGUCAUAUACAAAAAACCAAUCAUCUGGUAAUGUAUUGCAUCAUAUAUAUGAAUAUUCGGCUGCUGAUUCCAACUCAAGUUACAUUUUAGUGAUGUUUUAUUCAUAG